UCCAACACUUCACCAGCUGUGAUUUUCGCUGCAAAGCAAAGCAAAAAACAAGAAGAAAAGGGAGAAAACCCCAGAAAUCCAAAGGAUAUUAAUUCUUGAUAUUCCACUUUUUUUCAUUUUCCAUUUUUUGAAAUAUUUCUGUGAUUGAUUCUUUCUAUUAUGGCAAUGAGUAUGCCGCAUCAGAUCGGAGCAUUGGCCGGAACGCCGAUAGCAGCGGAGUCCGGAGGACUAACAGGAGAGGGAGCUCAAUCGGCAGCAACAGUUAGCACGUCGGCAGUGUGGAGAUCACCGGUGACGAAUCUCCGGGUUUCAGUGCAGAAACCGGGAGAUGUAGAAAGGGUUUCACCCCUUUCGUCGCCGCCGUUGAGCCCGGUAAGGGCCGGCAUGCGACCAGAUCUCUCGGUUGCAUGCCAAGCAUUUGCGACCGCCGCGGAGACAGAGACGGCGGUCGAAAAAGUUCAUAGCUUUCCUGAAAGUUCUACCCAGAAGAAGGAAAAAGGGUUGCCGGUUUUCGUGAUGAUGCCGUUGGAUAGUGUGAAAAUGGAUAACACGGUGAAUAGGAGAAAGGCGAUGAAUGCAAGUUUGCAGGCGCUGAAGAGUGCUGGGGUAGAAGGGAUAAUGAUGGAUGUUUGGUGGGGAUUAGUAGAGAGGGAUGAACCAGGGAAGUAUAAUUUCGGUGGCUAUGUUGAGCUCUUGGAAAUGGCGAAAAAACAUGGGUUGAAAGUUCAGGCGGUCAUGUCUUUCCAUCAAUGUGGAGGAAACGUUGGUGAUUCUUGCACUAUCCCUCUCCCAAGAUGGGCGACAGAAGAGAUUGACAAAGAUCCUGGCCUUGCAUACACAGAUCAAUGGGGGAGGAGAAAUUAUGAAUACAUCUCUCUUGGAUGUGACACCCUUCCAGUACUCAAAGGAAGGACACCUGUCCAGUGUUAUUCUGACUUUAUGCUGGCUUUCAGAGACAAAUUUGAGCACCUGCUGGGAGAUACCAUUGUGGAAAUACAGGUUGGAAUGGGUCCUGCUGGUGAGCUCCGCUAUCCUUCAUAUCCUGAACAGAACGGAACGUGGAAGUUCCCUGGGAUUGGAGCUUUUCAGUGCUAUGACAAGUACAUGCUAAGUAGCUUAAAAGCUGCAGCAGAAGCAUAUGGAAAGCCUGAAUGGGGAAGCACUGGCCCAACAGAUGCUGGCCAUUAUAACAACUGGCCAGAUGACACAAACUUCUUCAGAAAGGAAGGUGGUGGCUGGGACAGUGAAUAUGGAGAGUUCUUCCUCACCUGGUAUUCCAAGAUGCUUUUAGAUCAUGGCGAGAGGAUACUGCAAUCUGCUAAAGCUAUUUUUGAGAAUGGAGGGGUCAAAAUAUCAGUGAAAAUUGCUGGAAUCCACUGGCAUUACGGAACAAGGUCCCAUGCCCCUGAGCUUACAGCUGGAUAUUACAAUACUAGAUUGCGUGAUGGAUACCUUCCCAUUGCUCAGAUGCUGGCGCGCCACGGUGCAAUAUUCAACUUUACUUGCAUUGAGAUGCGAGACCAUGAGCAGCCACAAGAUGCACUUUGCGCACCUGAGAAGCUUGUUAGGCAAGUGGCUUUAGCUACACAGCAAGCUCAAGUUCCUCUCGCUGGAGAAAAUGCAUUGCCAAGGUAUGAUGAAUAUGCACAUGAGCAGAUACUAAAGACAGCAGCAUUAAAUAUUGACGGUAACUCGACCAACAGAGAAAUGUGUGCUUUCACAUACUUGAGGAUGAGCCCAGACUUGUUCCACCCUGAUAAUUGGAGAAGGUUUGUGGCAUUUGUGAAGAAAAUGAAGGAAGGAAAAGACGUCCACCGGUGUUGGGAGCAAGUGGAGCGCGAGGCUGAGCAUUUCGUACACGUAACUCAGCCAUUUGUGCAAGAAGCUGCUGUAGCUCUGAGGCACUAGUACUGCAGCAGGUUAAUGCAUGUUUCUGUAUGUAUGAACAAGAAGCAGAGAAUGCCCUGAUGGCUGGUUUUGUGGCCAUGGAUCUCUGUUUUGUUGUACGCAUAUCAUUAGGCCUAUUUCAAGAACCAUAUAGUAAUUCUCCAAGGUGUUUUAGUAACAAAAUUCCAAAAUGAUGCAAGUAUCAAUGAUGCAUUAAUGAUAGUAGUAGCAUUUCUUUUCAUUUGUCGUGCA